AUGGAAUCACCGCGACGCCUCACGCCGGUGCACACUGGAUCCCUUGGGCUCCUGCAGCCCUCGAGAUGCGCAUGCAAGACCGGGGGCCAAGCUCUUAACGACACGGCCGGCCUCGCAUUCCGACGAAUCGCGACAGGCACCCCGACGGCUGCUCUGCCAGCGAAACGAUGGGGGCCCCCACUAACGCGACAACGCAUGCGCAGCCGGACCAGAUCGCCGAAUUCGUGCCACGCACCAUGCCGGACAAGGGAAAUGACGCUCGACCCCCCGGGGCGCCUGCGCGCCACCAUUUCUGGGACCCGGACCAGUCGAGGACGCUCCGCUUCCCCCGGUGCCACCGCACCCGCAGAUCCCCAGGCCCCCGACCACCAGCGACAUCUACGCGACCCCGUCUUGGGGUCCUUUGGCCGUCUCCAACCUAUCGGCCGUCGUCGACCAAAGGGGGGGGAUUUUGUGGGGUCGCGUCCACGCGGCAACCCGAGCGUAGCAUCCUCGCUCGGGUAUACCACGCAGCAACACCUGCACGCCAACCUGGAAGCGGAUAGGGCACCCGGUUUACCGCAUUGCGGUACACCAGGACCAUGUCAAAACGACACUGAGAGGCUGAUGAUCAACCCGGAAACUCUGCAGCCGUAUUGUCAACAAGACUCAAUACAAUCAUUUAUAGAUGAUGGGGAUAUGGAGCUUGCAUUCAAGUUCGGACUGAUCAGCUCAUCAAUGAGUGGCAAGAGAGGGGGUGUUUCAUUGCACUCCAAGCUAGAAGGAGACCAGUGCUGCUGGUCCUUCAUCACCACCAGUUUGCCUCAAUGUGGCAAACUGGCCAUGCAGUGGGAUUUCAUUCAUGCUCACACUACUUUCACACCGCAGGGAGGGCCAACCAAACAAAUUUUGGCGUCAAAACAAGGAGACGCCGCAAAACUCAUUCAGGGGACGAGGUACCUGGAGGGGCAGACAAAACUAAAG